GUACUUGAUUGGAGUUUUUGCCUGUGGCGGCUAUUCAAAUUUGUAAAAAAAGUAAACAAGUCCGGGCAUGUGUAAAGUACUUUAAAUGCAAAAACAAACAGGAGUUAUCUUGGUUAGAUGUUUUCUUGGUUAUUGAUUUAGUCAUCAACUUUGUGACCGUCUUGAGUGAAAAACUGCGACUGAGGCAAGAAUCUGAUGCGGUAAAAAUGGAUGACAUAGGGCCUGAGAGAAGCCCCCGAAACCAGCCUUUGUCCCCUGACUAUGCCUCCUCUCAUCGCCCAUUACCUCUUCCUAUAUAUAGUCCAAUUGUGUCAGAUAGACUCCCAGAUGAGGGGGCAAGUCCAGGAUGCAAGUGCGCAGGCCCAAGUCCUAGUCCUGCAGGCAAACGUUUCCCGGGGGUCUCCAGUAAUGCGCGUAACAACAUCUACAUGAAAACAUUGAUGAACAGCCCCUACCAUAAGUCAUAUACACCACUCUCAGCUACCCCAGGUUUCAGCCCGUCGUACACCACACCAGUGCGGGUGUUGCGUUCAGACAAACAUGAGGGUCCAAUCCCAUCAACUGGGACCCAGAGCCCCAAACCCCAUCCGGUUUCUACACCCCAGGGGUCGCGUCCUCCGGUGGCUCCUCGGAAAUAUGCCACUCCCAAAAACCUAGUUAACCCCUUUGACCCUGGGGUCGAUGACCUACAUCUGCCUGCCUAUAUGAGUCCUGGGUUCUUCUCGGUCACCUCGACUCCUGCUUCUGGUGAAAAAAGUGUGUUCAGUUGGAACAUAGAGCACAUAGCGGAGCUGAAUCCUGCUGACAUUGAAGACAUGCCCCAUCAUCAGCAUGAUCAUGGACUACACCUUGACAGAGAGACUGAGGAGCGUGCUCAGCGAGCCAUAGAGCAAUUCUUUGCUAACAACCUGGUUGUCCCCUCCCCCUGGAGUGACCCGAAGAAACCCCGCAAGAAACCUGUCCUGCCCGCAACACCUGGAAAUCAGGGUCCUGUUCAUGAGGAAAUGAUGCAGGAUCUACAGGGGUCCAUACAGAAAUCUCUUCCCCCCAAACAGGGCACAGUGGAUGCGACCUGCCAAACAGUGUUGUCUUUACCUGUGAACUUUGACCUGGGAGCGAUACUUGGUGCAUACAUGACAGGGGAGAGUGAAAACGGGAACCAGGAGAUGCUUAGCACUUCCUCUCUUCGACGUAAACUCUUCUUCCAUGGAGAUACUUCUAGUCUUGCCCCAAGUCCUGUGAAAAGCGUAGCAGGAGAGAUCGGCGGUGUUCCAGAUUCACCAUUGUUCUCCAAACAACAGCCAAACUGGGACCAUGUUACACCGCUAAAAAAUACUCCUGCCUUCUCAUCUAGUCCAAUCAAAAGCGCUGGUACUCCCCAGCAUCGACGCUGCUCAUCUGACCCAGAAUUCCUUGCCUCCCCAGAGCUUUCACCCAUAGUUCACGGCAACAUGCAUAAAUCCUCAGGCCGAAGGUCGCGGUCAUCGGGGAUGUUUGAGGUUCACCAGCAGAUCGACUUUGACGCAGUGAGCCCUGUCAGCGGUGAUGACGCACCACAGGGCCCCCACAGCCCAAUGUCUCCUAUCCCCUUUGGAAGCCUCUCCCCAGAGGAAAACCUAGGGGAGGAGCUGAGGCCCAAGUUUGAAGACAGUCCUGGCUUCUCGCCCAUUAGGCCACCAAAGACACCAAUCAGAAAAAUACUCAGGAAGAGUCAAGAGGAGUCAUAUAUUCAAGACGAUGCAUGUGACAGUGAUGUUGAUGAGGAGAGUGUUACCCCUGUGUCAGCCUACCCUGGCUCCACCCAUACAGUCAGCAUUUCACUCACCCCUGUGGAGCACCUCUCACCUAUACAUGGUCCAUCCACGGUAUACAGGAACACCAACACCAUCACCAAAUCUCAUAGCUGUACAGACCUGCAAACAAGAAUGGACUUUGAGGCUGGAGGAGCCCCGCGGGAGAACAUCCUUACAUCUAGUCUGUGUGAUACUCGGGACUUCACAGUUUCAUUCCGGGAUGACACUCACCAGCAGACUAGCUUGUACAAUCAGGACACAGGAUACCAGACCGCCAGCCUCCAAUCAACCAAUCCAGAAUCUGUCUCGCUGCAUACAAAUCUGACCAAUCAGUUUGGCUCAUUACCAUUCAAUCUGACCAAUCAGGAGUCUGCUUUUCAAAAUUUAAGUCAUAUUGCAGCCAAUCAGGAUAAACCACCAGUGAUGAGUUUGGCUAGUCAUCUUUCACGAAUAUCGGGACAUGACAGUGAUGAUGAUGGGAAUAAUUCAAACAAUAAUGGACGAUCGAGUCCACUGUUUCCUACAAAACAGAAACUGCUGUUUAUGGAUGAUGAAUUAGACUUACAAGAUACUCCUAAGAAUAUAAUCCCAACCCGUCUGCAGUUUGAUGACAGUGCUUUACCAGAUGAAUUUGACAGCAGACAGAUGGAGGUAGACAGUAGCAAGUUAACAGGCCUGGAUUGUGUUGUGACAUCGCAGGAGGAGGUGGUGUUAUCUCGCGCGAGGGAAACACUCGCAAUGGCAAACAGUCUCUACCCUCAAACGAAGCUUACAUCCUCCCUCUCAGCCUCAGUACAACAAAGGCUGCCUCCAGUGUACAUGUCAAAAGUCUCCCAUGAAGACAGGCCCGGCAAAGAAAAAAUGAGUGCUAGUGAGUUAGCAUUCUCCAUCAUACAACGAGCAGGUGAAGACCUAGCCAAGUAUGGGUCGAUGAUACGGGACAACAAAACACAGGAAAUGACCAUGGAAGGUCUACACAGUGAUCACUGACCCUUGCUGGAUAAAUAUAGAUAUAAAAAAUAUUCAGUAUUAGCUUCUUACAGCUACUGCUUGUUUUUUAAGCACUAAAACUAUUAAGAUUUAUGUCAACUAUAGUUUUGAAACGAACAAAUGGUGGUUAAAAAAUAAAUUUCCCGUUUGCUUGAUUUCAAUAUUUUAAGCUUGUAUGUUUAUCAGUAUUGUCAAAGCCUAGUUGUUGUCAGCAAGGGUGUGUUAUCUUUUUUUAACCAUAACUUAAAAACUGUUCAAGAUAUUUAAAAGAAACUCAAAAGACAUGUUGCCAGAGAAAAUGUUAACAUAAAUAUUAAGACCAAUAACUUUCUUUAGAUUUAAAAUCUUGUCGUGUUAUACCCCCUUUUUAACUUUAAAAACAUAAGACAAGUAUUGGUGGUUGGUCCGCAUUGCUGUUGUUAUGCUAUGUGCUGUGUUUGCUUCGAUUCUGUUUGUAUUUAUAGAAUGAAUGUACAUAACAGUGGUCUCAUUUGAGAAUGGUUUUUGGGUAUUGCAACCAAUUGUUUUUCAUGCAUGUAAAUUACAUACUGCAUUGCUUAUUACAUAUUACAUUGUAUAUUAUCAAUUAUGUGAUGAAAGUGGUUUUAAAUUGUUUCUGCUGAUCAACAAAAUUACAGCUAUUUCGCAUUGUGUAUGCUAUCUUGAUAAGUUUAUUUAAUUUAACAUUUUUGCUUUGAAUGCAGUGAAGUAAAUAUUAUACUUAAUUUUAGUACCUUUUCAAAAAUGUUUCACCAUUUCCUUGUUGUUUUUUAUGGCAUACUAGCUGUUGUUUGCCAAAAAUAUCCAUUUUAACAUGUACAGAUGCAUUUUUUAUCCCCCGCCUAUGAAAUAGGGAGGAGGAUAUUGAAAUGACGUUGUCCGUCCGUCUUUCUUUCCGUCUGUCCUUCCUUCCGUCCGUACGUCACCUGCGUUUUCUCAGUAACUAGCCGGUAGAAUUUUAUGAAACUUAAAAUAAAUAUGAACCACUAUACUGGAAUGAUGCCCGUCCAAAAAAAAUUUGAUUGGUCAAUUGUCCUUGGAAUUAUUGCCCUUGAUUUUUUGAAAAUGCACAUUCACAGCCAUUUCUCAGUCACUAGCUGGCAGAAUUUCAUGAAACUUAAAAUAAAUAUGAAUUACUAUACUGGGAUGAUGCCUGUUCAUUUUUUUUUGGAUUGGUCAAUUGUACUUGGAGUUAUUGCCCUUGAUUUUUUGAAAAACUCAUUUACAGCCAUUUCUCAGUAACUAGUAGGUAGAAAUUCUUGAAACUUGAAAUAAAUAUGAACCAACAUACUGCGAUGAUGCCUGUUUAUUUAUAUUUUGGAUUGUGUAAUUUCUAUAUGAGUUAUUUGCCCUUGAUUUAUUAAAAGAUCCAUGUUUGCAGCCUUUUCUAUGCAACUAGCUGGUAGAAUUUCAUGACACUUGGAAUAAAUACGAACCAACAUACUGUGAUGAUGCCUGUCUAUUUUUCUUAUGGAUUGGCCGAUUUUCCUUAGAGUUAUUGCCCUUGAUUUAUUAAAAAAUCAUUGUUUGCAGCCGUUUCUCAGUAACUAGCUGCUAGAAUUUAAUGAAACUUGAAUGUUAUAUGAACCAACAACCUGCAAGAACUUCUUCGGUGAAUUUCUACGGCUACAUUUUUAUCUCAACUAUUGAGUACUAUUUUGCAAUGAUUGAUGUUUCCGAGUAAGCAGUUUAGGAAAAGACAGUUUUAUUUAAUCAUCCCUCUGACUUAUUUCGUUAAAAAAAAUUAUCAUAAAGUAGUCCCGGUCGAUAUUUUAUAAUUUGGCUCGGAAAGGGAUAAACCAAUGUGCUUAUCUUAUUCGAUCUGAGAUUUUUUUUAACCUUCAAGCACAAACAAGCCAUCGUUGGCGGGGGAUAUCUUUUCACUGAAAAUGCUUGUUUUUUUCAUUUUGGAGGGUUUAAACUUGAAAAAACUGAACCCUGUUGGCUCGACCUCCAAGGGAACAGAAAAAUAUCUUGAGCCUUGGAAAAUUCGAGCCAAGCAGGAUUGUUUACCUUCAGUGUAAAGAAAUCAGUCUUAGUUCGAGACAACAAAGAAUUCAGGCUAAGCGAGUUCAAGCCAAGGGGUUUGACUGUAGAUGUAUAAUUGCCAGUUGUAAAGAUUUGUUAUGUAAACCAUGUCUUUCAUAAUAUGCAAUACUAUGUAUGUUAUAUAAUAUUGACUUUUUUUCUGACAAAAAAAUAAAAUGAGAACUUAUUUUUAUACUUGUAAAAUAAUUGUUUUUAUUUCAUUGUGAGACAAAUAUGAACCAGAAAGUAAUCUGAUUUGAUAUCGUUAUUCAGUAGUCAUUCAAGAAAAGUAACAAAUUUUAUUGUCUUGACCUUGUGUAUUCUUUAUUACACUUACUGUUUUUUUUAUGCCCCUGAAGAAUGGGCAUAUAGUAAUCCAACAUGUCUGUUCUUUUGUAAGUUAGUCCAUGCGUCUGUCCUAUACAGCUUGUCUCAGUGAUUACUUUGUUAUUAUUAAUGGGAUUCCAUUUCAACUUAACAGAAUUUUAGAGCACCAUUGGAAGGUGUGUGGUGCAUAAAACCAUAAAACAAAGUUAAAUUCGGGGCAUUUGUCAUGUUUGUGUUACAGCUCUUGUUUCAAAAUGUAUUGUAUGCCAAAUAGUCAUCAGUCAUUGUAAAUAACAUUAUCACAGAAAAUUGCUUUGUAUUGUAUGGUACAUGUUUGUACAAAGAUGAACUGCGUUUUAUUGAAAAAAUAAAUUA